AUGGGUAAACUGAUUAAAAAAGAUCGCUUAGUGCUUCAUCUAGCAAUUGUUAUUUUUCAAAGUUAUCUACCUGAGGCCGGUCAAUUUUCGUGUUUCUUUGUAUUUUUGGUACCUAUCGUUGGUCUCACUCCGGAAGCGAUCGCCAUAUUUAUUGAUAAAGUGAUAUGGUUUCGAUAUGAUCAAGCAAGUUAUCUGCUUUUCAAGGUAGAGGAGAGGCGAAUGGUAAGAGGGACUCAAGUCUUUGGGUUAUUUUUGAAUAGACGAACACGUCGAUCUCGUGAUGGAGCAACUAUGGGUUGCGGUGAUGCUAGUGUUUACCAUGCAGUUAUUGUUAUUUUCCUGGAAUAUUUCGCCUGGGGUUUACUUACUGUCCCAGUUAUCAAUGUACUAGCCGAAACAUUUCCAACAAACAAGUUUUUAAUGAAUGGUCUUAUUCUUGGCGUGAAAGGUUUUCUUUCGUUUUUAAGUGCCCCGUUGCUUGGUGCAGUAUCGGAUAAGUGGGGACGCAAGUCGUUUUUGCUGCUUACCGUAUUUUUCACCUGCGUACCUAUACCAUGCCUCAAAAUCAGUCCUUGGUGGUAUUUUGCUCUUUUUUCAAUCAGUGGUUUAUUUUCGGUAACGUUCAGUGUUGUGCUCGCUUAUGUAGCGGAUGUCACUGAUAAAGCAGACCGCUCUACAGCUUAUGGUCUCAUUUCUGCUACAUUUGCGGCUUCAUUGGUUACAUCUCCCGCUCUUGGGGCAUGGAUUUCAGAUUCGUGGGGUGAUGACAAUGUCGUUUUUCUUGCUACACUGAUUGCGAGUUUGGAUGUCUUAUUCAUAUUAUUGGCAGUACCAGAAUCAUUACCUGGUCGUAAUCGUCAUAAUGCUGAAAAACUUUCUUGGCAAGCAGCUGAUCCAUUUGCUGCAUUGCGUAUUGUUUGGGAAGAUCGCUUAGUGCUUCAUCUAGCAACUGUUGUUUUUUUAAGUUAUCUACCUGAGGCGGGUCAAUUUUCUUGUUUCUUCGUAUUUUUGAAACUUGUCGUUGGUUUCACUCCGGAAGCAGUCGCCAUCUUUAUUGGACUUGUAGGAAUAUUAUCUGUUUUUGCUCAGACUGGCAUACUCCUUCUUCUUACUAGUACUUUCGGAACAAAACAUACAAUAACUCUUGGCCUUUGUUUUCAGUUUGCUCAAUUACUGUGGUAUGGUUUAGGUACCAAAUACUGGAUGAUGUGGGCGGCAGGCAUACUGGCAGCAAUGAGUCAUUUAAUUUAUCCAUCCGUUAGUGCAUUUGUAAGUAUACAUAGUGAUCGUGAUAAGCAAGGGACUGUGCAGGGUGUUAUCACUGGUAUACGUGGUUUAUGUCAAGGUUUGGGUCCAGCUCUAUUUGGCUUCAUAUUUUACUUGUUUGAUAUGGAUUUAAAUGUAGACAAUGAUGACACUGGUCACAUCGGAAUAGCUCCUUUUCCGGCACCUCGUAUACGAGCUCAGCUUAUCGGAGUCAUUUCACCACGUCGAAAUGUUACUUCAAUGGGAAAACCAUCUUUCAAUUGGAAAGUAAUCCCAGGUCCGCCAUUCUUAUUUGGAUCACUGAUGGUUCUUUUAGCCCUUUUUGUAAAUUCCUCUUUACCAAAAGUACCGUUAGUAAAUACACGAUUCUUUCGUCGUCCAAGCGCUUCACAUAGCCGGCAGUCAUCAGAUGAUGCAGCUCGUUUACUUAAGGGAUAA